UGCAAAUAGAAAUCUAUCAAAGCAGAUCUGAUUUGCCGGCAACCUUCGAGCGAAAACGAACCAAUUUCACCAUCGGCGCUGGGUGCUUAAGAGCCCUCGAAUCCAGUGGCCUUAUAUGAACUGGGCAACUUUCACAAUUAACUUGGUCACUGAAAAGUGCGAUUCCGACUCAGUUCAAUUCAACCGUUCAGCGGCAACGAACCAUUGGAAAUCAUAAUGGCAUCUCUUCUUGGCUUCUUCGGCAUAUUGGCUUUGCUCCUGGGAACUUUGGCCCUGGACAGCGAAAUUGUGGUGCCCGAACCCGGUGGUCCCGACACAACUGGCCUCAAUGAAACGGUCAAGAUAAAUUUGAAGGACGCGUGGAGCUCUAAUGGAACGGUGGUGGCGCAGCCGUACAACAUCCUGGAGGUCGGGGGAGGCUGCCCCCCGGGGUAUGUCCUGGCCAACAAACAUUGUCAUAAGAGAGCCUAG